AAGUUGCUGGAUCCAGGCUUGCAGGAGGAGCACUGACACCGAGUCCAAGGAAGGAGAAAGGCAGAAGACGAAGCUGCUGUUUCUGAAGUGUCCAAUCAUGCUGUGGUUUGUGGGGAUGACCUGUGUCCUCUGCAUGGGAGGACACAUCGCUGCGGGACAGAGAGAUGGAGAAAUGAUCAGUCAGAUUAAAAUGACUAACCUUGCCUUGGCCGAGAUAAAACAGCUGCUGAAACAACAGAUCAGAGAAAUAGUGUUCCUGAAGAACACAGUGAUGGAGUGUGAAGCCUGCGGAAUGGGAGGUACUCAACCCAUUUCCCCCUGUGAGCCCAACCCCUGCCACCCUGGCGUCAAAUGCAUAGAGUCUCUUGAGGGUCCUGAGUGCGGAUCCUGUCCUGAUGGCAUGGAGGGAAACGGUACCCGCUGCACUGAUGUGGAUGAGUGCUCGGUGAUGCCCUGCCACAUGGGUGUCCGUUGCAUCAACACCUCCCCAGGUUUCCGCUGCGGAUCCUGUCCCGCAGGAUACACCGGAUCCCAGGUCCAGGGGGUCGGACUUGCCUAUGCAACCGCCAACAAACAGGUGUGCAAAGAUAUUGAUGAGUGUGAUGGUCCCAACAAUGGAGGUUGUGUGGAAAACUCUGUCUGUAUGAACACCCCUGGCUCAUUUAGAUGUGGUUCAUGCAAGCCUGGCUAUGUUGGGGAUCAACGACGUGGCUGUAAGCCUGAGAGAGCUUGUGGGAAUGGCCAGCCCAAUCCCUGCCACCCCAGUGCCGAGUGCAUCGUCCACCGAGAGGGUACAAUCGAAUGUCAGUGUGGAGUGGGAUUGGCGGGCAAUGGAUACCUCUGUGGAACGGACACAGACAUUGAUGGUUUCCCUGAUGAGAAGCUGAACUGUUCUGAUAUGAACUGCAAAAAGGACAACUGUCUCACCGUGCCAAAUUCCGGCCAGGAGGAUGCUGACAACGAUGGAAUUGGAGACUCCUGUGAUGAUGACGCAGAUGGGGAUGGGAUCCCAGACACACAGGAUAAUUGUAAGCUAGUUCCCAACGUGGACCAAAGAAACAUUGAUGAGGACGACUUUGGUGAUGCCUGCGACAACUGCAGGGCGGUCAAAAACAACGACCAGAAAGACACAGAUUUGGACAAAUAUGGUGAUGAAUGUGAUGAAGACAUGGAUGGAGAUGGAAUUCCAAAUCACCUGGACAACUGUAAAAAGGUUCCCAAUGUCGACCAGAAAGACAGAGACGGAGACAAAGUGGGAGACGCCUGCGACAGCUGUCCUUACGUUCCCAACCCUGACCAGAUGGACGCAGACAAUGACUUAAUUGGAGACCCUUGUGAUACCAACAAGGACAGUGAUGGCGAUGGACACCAAGACACCCGGGACAACUGUCCAGCCGUCAUCAACAGCUCUCAGCUGGACACCGACAAAGAUGGAAAAGGGGACGAGUGUGACGAUGAUGAUGACGAUGAUGGGAUCCCUGACCUUCUGCCACCUGGUCCUGAUAACUGUCGUCUGGUCCCCAACCCUCUGCAGGAGGACUUAGAUGGUGAUGGUGUGGGCGAUGUGUGUCAGAAGGAUUUUGAUAACGACACCAUCAUCGAUCCCAUUGAUGCUUGUCCUGAAAAUGCUGAAGUUACCCUUACUGACUUCAGGGAGUACCAGACGGUCGUUCUGGACCCUGAAGGGGAUGCACAGAUAGACCCCAACUGGGUGGUGCUAAACCAGGGAAGAGAAAUUGUCCAGACUAUGAACAGUGACCCUGGUUUGGCUGUUGGUUACACUGCAUUCAGCGGCGUGGACUUUGAAGGGACGUUUCAUGUAAAUACGGUAACGGAUGACGACUACGCUGGGUUCAUCUUCGGCUACCAGGACUCCUCCAGUUUCUAUGUGGUGAUGUGGAAGCAGGUGGAGCAGGUCUACUGGCAGGCAAACCCGUUCAGAGCCGUGGCGCAACAAGGCAUCCAACUAAAGGCCGUGAAGUCGAGCACGGGUCCAGGGGAGAAUCUGAGAAACUCCCUCUGGCACACCGGAGACACCAGUGACCAGGUUAAACUCCUGUGGAAAGAUCCUCGCAAUGUUGGCUGGAAGGACAAGACCUCAUACCGCUGGUUCCUUCAGCACCGACCCGCUGAUGGCUAUAUCAGAGUUCGUUUCUAUGAGGGUCCUCAGAUGGUGGCAGACACAGGCGUCAUCAUAGACGCCACGAUGAGAGGAGGCCGGCUCGGAGUCUUCUGCUUCUCCCAGGAGAACAUCAUCUGGGCCAACCUGCGCUUUCGCUGCAACGAUACUCUUCCUGGGGACUUUGACACCUACAGAGCCCAGCAGGUCCAGCUGGUGGCCUGAGAACCGAAAACAAACACUUUACAACCAACACCAGGAGUGAGGAGGAAACACCAGCAAUAAAUGCGUCCAGACAGAACCGGUCCAUUGAGAUGUGUUCGGAUUGUUGAAUCUGAAAACAAAUUUCUGUCCUAAAUGAUGUUGGUGCAAAUUCUCAUAAACAAUAAAUAAACCAUGAUUUGAGUAAUUUA